AUGACUCAAAAGGUGGCAGCACAAGGAGGGAAAGGAGGUAUUCAAUGGGAUGAUGGAUCCGAACACGAUGCAGUAACCAAGAUUCAGGUUGGAGCAGGUGGCCUUGGCAUUCAGUACGUCAAGUUUGAUUAUAUGAAGAACGGACAAGUGGAAGAAGGACCUCGUCACGGAGUCAAAGGCCGUAGUAUCGCAGCUGAUCCGUUUGUCAUUAACCAUCCUGAGGAGCAUCUAGUUUCUGUAGAAGGUUGGUAUAACCCUGAAGGUGUCAUUCAAGGGCUUAAGUUCAUAUCCAACAAGAAAACUUCUGAUGUCAUUGGAUACGAUGACGGUACUCAAUUCACUCUCCAAUCUCAAGAUAAGAAGAUCAUUGGUUUUCAUGGGUUUGCCGGAGACCAUGUCCACUCUAUUGGAGCUUACUUUGCUCCGUUGACUUCAAUUCCGUUGACCCCUGCCAAGAAGCUGCCGGCACUUGGUGCUGAUUUAGGAACUGCAUGGGAUGAUGGUGCUUACGAUGGUGUUAAGAAGGUGUAUGUAGGACAGGCCCAAGAUGGUAUAUCAGUCGUUAAGUUUGUGUAUGACAAAGGCACUGAGGAUGUCGUUGGAGCUGAACAUGGAACGAGUACUCUACUCGGAUUCGAAGAGUUUGAGGUUGAUGCAGAUGACUACAUCAUAGAAGUGCAUGUGACCUACGACAAAAUCUUUGGCCAUGAGUCUGACCUCAUCACAUCUAUUACCUUCUAUACACUCAAAGGGAAAACCUCUCCACCCUACGGAUUGGUCACCGAAAAUAAGUUUGUACUCAAGGAACAAAACGGUGGCAAACUUCUUGGGUUCCAUGGACGCGCCGGCGAUGUUCUGUAUGCUCUUGGUGGGUAUUUCGCUGCAACCAUAACUCCUUUGACUCCUGCCAAGAAGCUACCAGCUGUUGGUGGUGAUGGAGGAGCUGCAUGGGAUGACGGUGCUUAUGCUGGCGUUAAAAAGGUCUAUGUAGGACAAGCCCAAGAUGGUAUCUCAGUCGUCAAGUUUGUGUACGACAAGGGAGCUGAGGAAAUUACAGGAGAAGAACAUGGAAAUAGUACUUUACUUGGAUUCGAAGAGUUUGCACUUGACUAUCCGAGUGAAUACAUCACAUCAGUUGAAGGCACAUAUGAUAAAAUCUUUGGGAGUGACUCUGAGGUCGUUACCAUGCUUAGGUUCAAGACUAAUAAGCAAAUCUCUGCUCCCUUUGGAAUUGAAGCUGGGACACCCUUCGAACUCAAAGAGGAAGGCUACAAGAUUGUCGGAUUCCAUGGAAAAGUCGACGAGCUGCUUCAUAAGUUUGGAGUCCAUGUCCUUCCAAUCACUAAUUGAUUAUCACAUCUUUCGCCUUGAUUUCACCGAAUUCGUCACUUGUGAUUUUAAUGAAUAAGUUCUCUACCUUUUUAUGUUCUGUUUGUAUAUGUUUCAAGUGCUUUCAAUUAUUGUCUCCUUUAUGUUGUUGGUAUGUCUUUAAUGUUAUAAUAUAUGUGGUUG